AGUGCCUGAGAAGCCAUGAUGUUAAUUUUUGUCCUGUUCUGUGUGCUGCACGUGGUCCGUAUUUGCAACUCUCAAGUUUCAGAUCCAUGUGUAGUUGCAAUGGAUAUCCCAGAUAUUGAGAAGAGAGACAUACAAUACCAACGAUCCAGUGGCGAGGAUAUUAUCACUGACAGAUUCUUGAAAGAAGGGUGGUAUAAACCGCAAAAUGGUGCUGUACUGGCCGGAGAAGCUCCAGGGAGCCAACGUUGUGGAACAGUUUAUCCAAUAUAUAGAACAAAAAAGGACGGCACCACAUCUACUCUGUGCAUUCAAACAUCGAGGGAAGUUUGCUACAGCUCCUUCGAAAUUCAAACACACAUGUGUGAAGGUGUGGAGGUUUAUAAGCUGAAAACAACAACUAUUCACUAUAGUGGAUAUUGCUUUGCACCGGCUCCAGCUACACCCCCAGAUUUUAACGAGAAACCAACUGUUAUUACCAAACUUGUCCGAAAGUUUGUUGAUAUAACGGAGUUGGAGUUCCACUGCGAGUUCAACAAACAUCCCGACGACGUCUUCUACAGAACCUACUGGUAUGUUGACGGGAAGUUGAUGAUUGUUAGAGAUCCUGAGAAAUGGGAUGACGGAAAUGUUACACAGAAACAGGUCUUGACAGAGGAUGUACUGAGAACAGGAGGAAUAACUACUGUUGGAUUCGAGAUAAGCUGUUCCAUUAGAGUGACUCAUGGCAUCAAUACAACAGCGAGCGUUCCCGUCCAGUCUGAUCGCAAGUUCAUUGGCAUAAAGCUGUCACACACCACAUUAGUAUUGAAGGAAGGGGAAAGGGCGAACAUUUCGCUGCAGCUCACUGCCCCGUUUGGCUGCGAGACUUUUCGUGAUCGUUGUGGAAUAAUCAUCGCAGCACGUACUACAAACAACCAGAGCCCAGGCCAAUGUGGGAACAACAUACUUUCACCAUCUCUGUGUGGAGUGGAAAUGCUGUCUUCUCCAUUGGAAGUCGCUUACACCUUUACAGUCGUUGGCGGUAUUACAGGCGCAUAUGGUUCUGCAACCAACACCCAAAAGUUGAUCCUGACGACAGAUCUUCAUCUGCCUCAUACAUUGUGGUCCAACUACAGUCUCGGACAAAUAACGGUCCAAAUCACAAAGGACACUUCCAAAAUACAGAACAAGUUUUGCUAUGCUACAAAUGAUCCUCACAUGAAAACAUUCGAUGGCAGACGAUACGAACACCAAUAUAAUGGAACUUUUACAAUGUACAAACACGACAAGCUUCCCAUUGAGGUUCAACUCAGGACGACCGAAUGUGGACCUCUAGCUUGGUGUAACUGUGGGUUGGCUGUGCGGGCAGGCAGGACAGUGUUUGAGUUCAACAGGUGCGGGGAUCUGACCAACAUUUGGAAACUAGAACACACACUGUGUGAUGAUGGUGAAGACGUGCUGCAGGUUAAGAGAAGGGGAAGCAGAUAUGAGAUAUACCUGCCGACAGGAGGGAAAGUCAGGGUCAACUUGUAUGGCAGCUACCUCGAUGUGUACAUCUACCCGUCGGUCCAAGAUAUCGAAAACAGUAGAGGUCUCUGUGGUAAACUGUCCGAUGUCUGCAGCGACGACUUUAUAAUGAGAGACGGGAGCUACUCCACUGACAUCACUUCUACCGAUGAUUGCAAUGCCCCGUACAGGAACUGGGAGAAUCUACUCACGACAUUCUCCAACUCCUGGAGAGUUGACUUGCAGACAAACGACCUCUUUAAUCCAGAUUUGAAUACGAGCUUGGGUCCUUGGCCGAGGUCAAACGCAUAUUGUUCUUGUACAGAACCUCAAAAUGGACAACCUGUCCGCGAAGUAACCUGCAAGGCCAGUAACGCGCAUAGGAUUUGCUCCCCAUCAGAAGGGUACACUUCCGUAAAUGCAAAGUGUACAAUCAAGGAGCGACGCAAGAGAAGGUCUGUAAAAGUGACUUCUACGGGAAAGGAAAUCUACAGACACAAAAGGCAAGUCGAAGGAGAGUGGCUAGACGGAUGGACAGAGGGAAAAGCCAGGGCCUACUGUGAGAGAGUAUUCGAGGAAUCUGGGUCCGUGCAAGUCUGCAGCAACAUGACUGGAGUUGACACAGAUGAAAGCUUGGACAACUGUGUACUGGAUAUACGACUGACAGGUAACACGACGUUUUCUCCAUCUGCCGUUGACACGGUGAGAGACAAGUGUCUCUAUGAAGUCAACAUUAACCCUGAACUCCAGCAGAGCAGUGAGGCGUCCAACCAGUCCGUCAAGGCCAUCGUUGAGGCAAGGACGUGUUCCGGAGACUGUGGUGGACAUGGAUCGUGUGUUGAAGGUGACUGUGUUUGUGCCAAAGACUACGGGGGUGGUGACUGCUCUGUUCAUCUCACGGACCCUCCGGAAAUAGACAGCAUAGAAGAUGAUGGCCACUGUGACACGUCACGUGGUCCUUGUCAAGCAAUCUCAGUUUAUGGAGAGACAUUCCUCGAUAACCAAACAUCAUGCCUCAUGGAGGCUGUAAGGGUAUACAGCACCACCAGUGACAAUAUAUGGGCAAGAACGUCGCGUGGGUCAGUUAUCAGCAUCAGCCAGGUCGACUGUGAUAUUUCAUCUCUGGGUGUGACUGAAGAGGCUGCAGAGGAUUCUGCCUUCAUUUGGGCCUUUAGAAUUGCAGUUUCUAACAACCCGUCCAACUUCAGUGAGAGUGUCGGCAUGAUCAUGUAUGACAGCACCUGCGUCAAAGGCACAGUGAAUGGGACAGACUUCAGUUGGACACUUGAGGGACCAUAUUGUUUACAUGGGGGGACAUGUCUUCUGCAAGGUACCACUCACCCGCUUGAUCCGUGCUUGGUCUGCCAUGUUUCUGGUAGUGCAAGAAGCUGGACAAACAGUGCAGCUCCGGAUUUCAAUACACCAGUCACAAUAGUUACUGAACUUGUCCGUAAAGGUGAUCUUGCAACGGAAUUGGAGUUCCACUGUCAGUUCAUCAAACAUCCUUACGACGUCUUCUACACCACCAACUGGUUUGUUGAUGGCGACCUUGUGGCGGCUACAAACCCUGAGCAAUGGGACGACGGAAAUGUUACCCAGAUGCACGCCUUGACAGAGGAUGACCUUAGGGCAAACAACAUAACCACUGUUGGAUUCGAGAUACGUUGCUCCGUGAGAGUGAGUAAAUGCUUAAAUACAACGGCUGGCGCUCCUGUACAGUCUGAAGCGAAGUUUAUCGGUAUUAAGCUGUCAAGUACCUCAUUAAUCUUGAAGGAAGGGGAAUCGGCGGACAUUUCUCUUCAGCUCACUGCCCCGUUUGGCUGCCAGAAAUUCCUAAUGGAUAUCAAUCAGUGUGAAUUACACGUCGAAACAUAUUCCAUCAAAAAGGAUCCAACCACUACCAAUCCAUGUGAUAAUGCUGUCCUUACACGUUCGACAUGUGGAGUGACCAUUCCAUUUUCUCGAUGGAAUGAAACACACACGAUCAAGGUCUUUGGGAGUAUAUCUGUGCGAUAUGGCUUAUCAACCCAGAACUUUAAACUGGCAUUGGGAACGGGGGAUGUGAUUCCACAUGAACUAUGGUCGAACUACAAUACAGGACAAAUAACGGUACAAAUAAUAAAGGAUACCUCGGAUGUGGAGGGCAAAUCUUGUUUUGCUGUAAAUGACCCCCACAUGAAGACAUUUGAUGGCAGGAGGUACGAACAUCAAUACAAUGGCACAUUUACAAUGUAUACUUAUACCGAACGUCCUAUUGAGGUUCAACUCAGGACCUUCAAAUGUGGAUCGCGAGCUUGGUGUAACUGUGGUGUUGCUGUACGAGCAGGCAGGACAGUGUUUGAGUUCAACAGGUGCCCUGAUGUGACCGACAUCUGGAGCAUUGAGUACACACUGUGUGAAGAUGGUGGAGACGUGCUGCAGGUUAAGAGAAGGGAAAGCAGCUAUCAGGUAUACCUGCCAACAGGAGGGAAAGUGGAUAUAAACUUUUACCGGAAAAGCCGGUACCUCAAUGUCUACAUCUACCCAUCUGUGCAAGAUGUUGGGAAGAGUAGAGGCCUCUGCGGUAAUCUGUCCGAUGUCUGCAACGACGACUUUGUAAUGAGAGAUGGCAGCUACUCCACUGACAAAACUUCUACCGAUGCCUGCAAUGCUGGGUAUAGGGUCUGGGAGAACCUACUCACGACAUUCUCCAACUCUUGGAGGGUUGAGGAUCAUGAUGAUCUGUUCAAUAGAGAUACACACGCAAGGUUGGACCCUUGGAAGAAGACCGAUACAUUUUGUUCCUGCACAAAGGACCCCACAAGUGGAACACUUGUGAGAGAAGUAAACUGUACUGCUCUUGCAGCUGUAAAUAUUUGCAGUACCCUAAAUGGUUAUAAAGGUGUAAUCCCAUCAAAGUGUACAAUCAAGGAGAGACGCAAGAGGAGAUCUAUACAAUUGACUUCUAAUUGGAAGGAAUCCCACAGACAAAAAAGGCAAACUGAAGGAGAGUGGCAAGAUGGAUGGACAGAGGACCAAGCCAGGGCCUAUUGUGACAAAGUAUUUCAUGACUCCAGGUCCGUGCAGGUCUGCAGUAACGUGACUGGAGUUGACACCCAUGGAAGCAUAGACAACUGUGUACUGGAUAUACGGCUUACUGGAACCACAGAGUUUUCUCCAUAUGCUGUUGAUACGGUGAGAGACAAGUGUCUGCAUGAGGUUGUAGUCAAUCCUGUACUCCAGGAGAAGAAUGAGACUUCAGCUACCAACCAGUCUGUCCAUGAUAUCGUUGUGGCAGAGGCGUGUUUGAACGACUGUGGUGGAAAUGGCUACUGUAUUGAAGGUGACUGUGUUUGUGCCAAAGACUAUGGUGGUGGUGACUGUUCUGUUGAUCUCACGGCUGCUCCAGAAAUACACAGCGUAGACGAUGAUGGCCACUGUGACAUGUCACGUCACGAUUGCCAAGGAAUUUCAAUUUAUGGAGAGACAUUCAUUGAUAACCUAACGUCAUGUCACGUGGAGGCUUUUAGGGUAUACAACACCAGCAGUGAAAGGAAAUGGUCAAGAACUUCACUGGGGUCAGUUGUCAGCAUCAGCCAGGUGGACUGUGAUAUUUCACCUCAGAGUGUCAUUGAUAAUGGAAAUGCAGCCGAGAAUGCAGCCUUCAUUUGGGCCUACACAAUUUCAGUUUCUAACAACCCGACCAACUUCAGCGCCAGCGUUGGAGUGAUACUGUAUGACAGCACCUGCGUCAUUGGCACAGUGAAUGGGACAGAUUUCAGUUGGACACUUGAGGGAGCGUACUGUUUGCACGAGGGGAAGUGUGUGGUUAACGGAAGCAGGCACCCCGAUGUUCCCUGCAGAGUUCCCUGUGAUGUUUCUAAUAGCGAGAGACGCUGGAUCAACAGUUCAGCGUCUGCAUGCUCCGACACGACGACGCCCGUUGUGGUAACACAAACCUCCACAGCGUCACCUGCAACCACUACAACAACGAAGGCUUUUACAUCUACUAUGACUCCCUCUACUGCUGCUUCAGCCCAGUCAAGUGCAUCUACCGAGGCAACCACUGAUGCAUCUUUACCUAUCUCGUCUUCUGAAACAACUACUGCUACCACAAGGAGUGAAACAUCAACAGCUACUACGUAUCACGAAACUACUACAGAUGCUUUCUCUGACGAAACAACUCUAGCUGAUACGUCCAGGGAGACUUCAACAACUACUACAUAUCACGAUACUACUACAGGAGCAUCCUCUGACGAAACAACACCAACUGCUACGUCGAGGGAGACUUCCACAACUACUACAUAUGACGAUACUACUACAGGAGCAUCCUCUGACGACACAACACCAACUACUACGUCGAGGGAGACUUCCAUAACUACUACACAUCCCGAUACUACAACAGGAGCAUCCUCUGACGACACAACACCAACUGCUACAUCGAGGGAGACUUCCAUAACUACUACAUAUGAUGAUACUACUACAAGUACUUCCUCAAGUAAAAGAACUCCAGCUGCUACGUCCACGGAUACUUCCACAACUACUACAUAUGACGAUACUACUACAAGUACUUCCUCAAGUAAAACAACUCUAGCUGCUACGUCGAGGGAGACUUCAACAACUACGACGAAGGACGAUACUACUACAGCACCAGCAUUUAAUGAGGAAACCACUGUAUCAACGAAACUCGUCCGUAAGGACGUUUUUAAAACGGAGUUGGAGUUCCACUGCGAGUUCAAGAAACACCCCGACGACGUCUACUACAGUACCUACUGGGUUGUUGACGGCGGACAAGUAGAUGCUAAAGACCCAGAGCAAUGGAAUGACGGAAACGUUACCCAGAAACACGCCUUGACAGAGGAUGUCCUGAGAGCUGCAGGAAUAACUACUGUUGGAUUCGAGAUACGCUGUUUCAUCAUUGUACGUCGUGGCGUUAAUACUCUGGCCAGCGUUCCCGUCUUUUCUGAACCCAAGUUCAUAGGUAUAAAGCUGUCAAGCACCACAUUGUUCCUGAAGGAAGGGGAAUCGGCGGACAUUUCUCUUCAGUUCACUGCCCCGUUUGGCUGCCAGACAUCUGUUAUUGACCAGUGUGAAAUAUUCAUCAAUGCAUAUACUCUUGGAAAGGAAAAUCCCAAUUCAUGCGAUAAUACUGUCCUGACACGUUCCAUCUGUGGAGUGGCAAUUCAUUCUUCUCGAUGGAAUGAAACAUACACGAUCAAGGUCUUCGGGAGUAUAUCUGUGCGAUAUGGCUUAUCAACCCAGAACCUAACACUGGCAUUGGGAACGGGGGAUGUGAUUCAACAUCAACUGUGGUCGAAUUACAACCCAGGACCAAUAACGGUACAAGUUUUGAAGAACACUUCGCAAAUACAGAACAAAGAUUGCUUCGCUACAAAUGACCCACACAUGAAAACAUUUGAUGGCAGGAGAUACGAACAUCAAUAUGAGGGAACAUUCUCAAUGUACAAGCAUUCCGAACUUCCUAUUGAGGUUCAACUCAAGACAACACAAUGUGGAUCGCGAGCGUCGUGUAAUUGUGGUUUAGCUGUUCGAGCAGGACGGACAGUGUUUGAGCUCAACAGGUGCGCGGAUCUGACCAACAUCUGGAAAAUACAAUACACACUGUGUGAGGAUGGUGGAGACGUAUUGCAGGUUAAGAGAAGGGGAAGCAGCUAUGAGGUAUACCUGCCGACAGGAGGGAAGAUCAGUAUCUACCUGUACUCCACCUUCCUCAACGUGUACAUCUACCCGUCGGUCCAAGAUAUCGGGAACAGUAGAGGUCUCUGUGGUAAACUGUCCGAUGUCUGCAGCGACGACUUUGUCAUGAGAGACGGCAGCUACUCCGCCGACAAUACUUCUACCGAUGCCUGCAAUGCUAGGUAUAGGAUCUGGGAGAACCUACUCACGACAUUCUCCAACUCGUGGAGGGUUAACGGGGAAGAGGAUCUCUUUGAUUAUGAUACACACAGACGUUUGGAUCCUUGGUCGAAGACAAACACAUUCUGUUCCUGUACAAAAGAUCCUACAGGGAUUCAACUGGUCAGAGAAGUCACCUGUACUGCCGAUGCAGCUCGAACAAUCUGCAGCACACUUUAUGGGUUUACUGAUGUUCGCCAGACAGAUUGUUCAAUCAAGGAGAGACGCAAGAGGCGGUAUGCAAAUAUUCAGUCAGCAAGGAAGGAACCACAACGACUGAAGAGGCAAGCUGAAGGAGAGUGGCUGGAUGGAUGGACAGAGGAAAAAGCCAGGGCCUACUGUACGAAAAUAUUCCAGGCUUCAAGGUCCGUGCAGGUCUGCAACAACGUGACUGGAGUUGACACCAUGGGAAGCAUAGACAACUGUGUGCUGGAUAUACGACUGACCGGUACCACGGCCUUUGCAGCGUUUGCCUUGGACACCGUGAGAGACAAGUGCCUGCAUGAGGUUGCAGUUAACCCUGUACUCCAGAAGAAGAGCGGUGCUUCUGCCAACCAUUCUAUCUAUGACAUCGUUGUAGCGGAGGCGUGUUUAAACGACUGUAGUGGACAUGGGAAUUGUACUGAAGGUGAAUGUGAUUGCGACGCUGACUACAACGGUGUCGACUGCUCUGUUGAUCUCACGGCUCCUCCAGCGAUAGACAGCAUACAAGAUAACGGCCACUGUGACACGUCACGUAAUCAGUGUCAUGUGAUAUCAGUUUAUGGCGAAAUAUUCCUAGAUAACCUAACGUCUUGUCACGUGGACGCUUUUAGGGUAUACAACACCAGCAGUGAAAGGAAAUGGUCAAGAACGUCGCUCGGGUCAGUUGUCAGCAUCAGCCAGGUGGACUGUGAUAUUUCAUCUCAGAGUGUCAUUGAUAAUGGAGAUGCAGCCAAAAAUGCAGCCUACAUUUUGGCCUACAAAAUUUCAGUUUCUAACAAACCGACCAACUUCAGCUCCAGCGUUGGAGUGAUGCUGUAUGACAGCACCUGCAUCAAUGGCACGGUGAAUGGGACAGACUUCACCUGGACGUUGAAGGGGGCAUACUGCUUGCAUGAGGGGAAGUGUGUGAUGAACGGAAGCAGUCACCCAGUCCUGCCCUGCACAGUCUGUGAUGUUUCUGAUGGUGGGAGACGCUGGGUAAACAGUGCAGUUCCUGCAUGCACUGAAACGACCACACUAACGUCUGCAACAACUGCUUAUGUUGAGACAACUGCACCUACUACGACAACUAGAACAAUGGCGACUACUGUGUUCACGGAAACUACUUCUACUGCACCUACUAUGUCCGGCGAGAUAUCUUCAUCUGCAAAGACAACUACAGCUACCUGGUCUGUCGAGAAAACUACAACUACUACAUCUUCGGAGACAACGACAGCUACUGAAUCCGUAAAAGGGUACAAAAUCUCCCUCGUCGCAUCUGUAGCAGCAUCGGUAGGGGGAGUUGUUAUUUUAAGCGUGGUUGCUGUCAUCCUCUUCGUGGUUUUCGUGCGUUACAAGAACAAUGACAAGGCACUGUUGAAUACAAGCAUAUCGGCCAAUAGUCAGGAGAACUUACCUCCCUUUGGAAAAAACUCUCUUGGAAAGAACACGUGGAUUCCGAGACCGAAAACUAUGACAUAAAUAAUACUGAUAUUAUCAUGGCAUGUGUUUCAUAACAUUUUUGUAUGCAUUUCUACACUCUUGUUAAGGGCAUAUCAAUACACAUUCUAUACAUACUGAGGAUUAAUCAUAUAAAACAUAUUUGAUAAAUCUUUGUAUUGAUUUUAAAGGUUGAAUUGAUGAUACUUUGUUGUGUCCUUAUAAAGGUUUAUGCUUGGCAAGCGAUCUGAAAAUUUAUAUUAUUUACCCUAUUUCCUCUAUUAGACACCCGUCUCUUAAUUUCGUACAAGCCGUUGACCCCGCCUAUAUUAGAGGCCGGGGUGUAUAAAAAAACAGGAUGCCAUUGACACAACCUCAGCACUACGGUUGCCGUAAGUCUAUGUUGAGGUAUGACAGUUACGAUCACCUUAGUAUUAAGAUUAAGAUAUUAGUAUGGCAACUCACUGACCUUAACAAAUCCCAAAUUCUACAGUCUUUCAAAGGGUAAAUUGCAAACGGUCAUCAACGGUCACAACAUAUCGUAUCACAGUAUUUUAACACCGGCUUCAACAAGAGAAAAUACGGUAUCUUUCCUGAUAACUUCAUGUUGCGGUGGCCUGUAAGUAGUCGAGUGGAAACGAGAACCAGAACAGGACAUCAUGUUCCACCCAUGCCGUCGGGCCACGAUGACUUGUACAGAUACCCUGUCCUCAAUAGUUUACACCUUGUAGUCGGCUCGCAGUCAGUACACUGUGUCUGAGUUGGGUAUUUAUGUUAAACUGCGGCAUGGUAUCUCGGUGGGGUAGCACUAUAAAUCAGCAUCAGUCCGGAGUUGUACAAGCAGCCACACACACCCUCACACGUGUGUGACGUCGCUAAGUACAAUAAUCUUGGACGCGACCUUAAACCCUGUUUCACCUCACCUCGCCUUACCAACAGCCUCUCACAGAACUCGGGGCGUUCAUGUGCAUAUCGUUCAAAACUCCUCAGUCAGAUUUAUGUUUGUGUACCAUUAAUAUUUAGGUUCUGAGCCGAAACCGUAAAGGUUAUUAUUCUGCCUCCGUUCUGGCGAACCGUUCCAACAAAUAUGGCUAUAUGUACGUCUUUUCGCAACCGCAUGUAUGUGUUUGUGAAGAAAACAUAUUUGUAGACUAAACGUUCAUUUACUGAUAUUUGUGGAACUAAUAUAAUGUAAUGAUUAUUACUAAUGAUAACGAUAAUGUCAUUCGAAAAACCUAAAGACAGUUAUAAUUUUAUUGCUAUCUUACAUGACACGUGUGUUGGUAUUUUUUACCUUUUUUUGCUUAUAUAUAUUGAUAUGUAUGCCAUUAAAUCAACUUAAACAUUAUUGACUGGUUUAGAAGCAAGCGAAUAGUGCAAAUACUUUCUGUCCUAGUUUCAAAGUGCUGACUCUUUCAACAAAUAUCUUUUUAUAGCUUCAAAUUAGAAACAGUUUAAUAUAUGCAAAUCCUCUCUGAACUCUGUUAAGAUUUGACGUUUUUCAGAUUGUCCCAUACUGGCAAAGGUGAGCGAACUUUCAUCGCUAGAUACCCAUGGACUUAACUUGAAAACUUGAAAUGAAAAUAAUACAAAACAUCUCUCUUAAAAUACGGCAAGAGUAAGGAGUUGGUUAGACGUUACUGAAGACAUCUAGACCAGCUGAACUGGUAUAGACAUGCAUAUAAAGUUUCUUUUCAUUGUUUUGUUUUAGGGUCUGUAUGACGGACUAGUCGGGUCGGGCAACAGGGCAAUGCCACAUAUAAUGUGUGAAAACAGGGUUAUUUAAAUAAAGAGCACAAUUUAUGAUUGUAACUUAUAAUCGUGAUGUAAGUGUUUAUUCUUUACUGAAAAAGUAAAUUUAAAUUGAACAUAUGUGCUUGCCCUCAGUAUUAACAUUCACAAACGUGAUAUUCGUAAUGAGCGAUAUUUUCUACGUACUACCAGUGAGUCGACGUUAUGUUUACUCAAUAUAUCUGCAAGAAAUUGUGUUUCUGAACUCAUCACGAUACAGUUGUAACGAUCCAUCACAUGCUUGCAUUAGUCAUUGAUAACAGCCUGUGUUUGGAUGUUUGAGCAGUAUGCUGCGCUAGAUAUUGUUGGUUAAAAUAUUAUAAAACGGACAAUACACAGGUUAUAUGAACGGUAACAAUAUAGAUACAUGGACGUAUAUAUAAGACGGCACAAAUAGGACAUAAUAGCACAUCCAGUAGCUAAUAUGCAAGAGAACCAUUUAAUAAUUAUAUUUAACAGUUCAUCUUUUAAGUUAUUUUUCCUGACUUAAAAGUAAACGUAAGAACACACUCGUUCCGAAAUCUAGUACACAACAAAAUGACUAUGUAGUACACAAUAAGCAUGGGGUUCCCUGUUUUAAUCGGUUUGGGUGGCAGCCUAGAUAUCCAUAGAACAGACGUCAUCUGUUCGGAAUAUGUGACAAGUAAUCUGCUAAGAACAUAGCCGAGUACAUUGUAACAUCAGAUCACUAUACAAGUAGAGAUUGCUGCAGAGCAUCAAUAGCUCCCCGCCAUAUUAUGUUAUGUGCAGAGGAAGGAAGUGUAAGCUAUGGGAGGAGAGAAUUGGUGUAAAGUACAAAUUGGUUGUUAUUAAUGUACUUAUCUUUGGAAAGCACAAUAAAAGAAACAGUGUCUUUAAUUGGUCUGCACAAAGAAAACCCAGGCAGGAAAACUGGGCCUGUCAGGCAAAACUUGAUAUAUACCCAUUAUUAGUACCAAUAAAAAAAAGUCCUAUAAAGUCUAUAAAGAUAACACAACAAAUGUCAUUCUAAAGCAUGCUUUUGCAGCAAAUAUCAAUAUUUCUGGUCAAAAUGUUGGUUGGGUUAAAUAAAGCAAACUUUUAAAAUAGUAAACACAAAAAAUGUAAUGAAUCCACUCUAAAUAUACUUCAGUUCAAUUGUAAAAUUUCACGCAAUCAUUAAUGGAUUCCCAUUCAUCUAGCAGCAAGUUAGGAACAUACAGUUUGGUCACGUUAUCUAUAAAUAUUGAGAAUUAUCUUACAUAUUGUAAAAACAAAGGCCAUAGGUCACUUUUCUCAAAACUUCGUUCAAGUAA